CGCGUGAGCAGAGAGCCAGCCUGGGAUCCGGGGCAGCGCUCUCCUUGCGGGCGCCGCGACCCCCUGCAUUGAAGAGGAAGUAGCUGUUAUCAGAGUGAGCCUCGUCCACCUCCUCGCUGUGGAAAACUGCUCUCUCUUUUUCACCUCAAAAUCCCGGCAAGCGGAGGAGAAACGCAGCGUUUCCGCCCCGAAAGAUGAAACUUCUUUCUGCAACUCCUGGGAAAGUUGUUUGUGAACUGAAGGUAGAGGAGGAGCAUACAAACAGAGGUGGCACACUACAUGGAGGUUUGACAGCCACACUCGUGGAUGUGGUCUCAACAGCAGCACUACUGUACACAGAAAGAGGAGUGCCCGGGGUCAGCGUGGACAUGAAUAUCACAUACACUGCUGCUGCUAAGAUUGGAGAAGAGGUACUGAUUACAGCCCAGAUUUUGAAGCAAGGAAAAAAUAUUGCAUUUGCCAGCGUGGAUUUAUCAAACAAGGCAACAGGAAGGUUAAUAGCACAAGGCAGACAUACAAAGUAUCUAGGAAAUUAAUAUAAUAAGGUUAUCCGUGUAGUAGAGUGCAAGAGGUGAAAGAAAUAGAAGUGAGGAUUAACCCUCCCCCCCUCACCCAGCUACUAUAAUCCCACCUCUCACUGGAGCACAAGAGUGAUUUUGACUACUAUCUGAAAUAAAAGGCAGACAGUGAUAACGAACAAGGUGCUGAAUUCAAGUGCUGGAAGAUUCAGAGGCCUCUCCAUUAGCUCUGUGCGCUGGGGCAACUUCGUUGUUGCGUAACUGUCCCAGUGCAACUUAACAUGACUUCCUCAAUCAAAGCUGGCUACCUCAGGACACUACUGUAGUAAGUGGUCUCAUUCUAUCACUUAGCAUUCAUCAUAUCUACCUAAUUACAAUUGAAAAAUGUCCAGGCAAAUUAAGAAUGGCAAAUCUCAACGUGUAAACAACAGCAUCCUCCUGUUCUUGUUCAGGUUUGGAAAGGACUGCUGCAGGCUGAGAAGGAAAGAGGAAAAUCUUCCUGAAGUAACAUGCAAAUUCUCUUCUGCCUUUUAACAGGCUAUCAACACAGUUAUUUUAGUGCUGCCUAAUUAAUAAGGAAGUGGGACAUCAUUAAUAUGCAGGCCAGUUAUUUUAGAAUUGGUUCAUUAAACUGAUUAAGACAUCCUUGUUUGUUAUCCGUCCAUUAGCAGCAGCACUCUGACCUCAUCAUUUAUUUCACAGCUUAAUUUUGACUUGGGGACCUUCUCAGAAGGAAUUGUCACCACCAAGCUUGUGUAUCUUUGGAGGUAACCUGUCAAGUGUCAGGCUUAAUAUUUGGAAGUGUUCUUUGCUGAUUCCAGCCUAAUCUACAUGUUGAAAAAACAGUAUCUUACCUUAGUUGUGUUUGAAGGGGAACAAUGGUUCCACUUGGCAUCAGAACAAGCAUCUCCUGUGGUGCUGACCUGGUUCCGUCAGCGUAGAUUUGGAUGUAAUUCCUUUACAAGCAAAUAAAAUGAUGUGAAAAGAC